AUGAAGGAUUUCAUGCGCUUGUAUGGAAACUUGGUCGAUAGGUGCUUUAAUGACUGCAUCAACGACUUCACGACCAAAGUCGUAUCUGAAAAAGAGGGAACCUGUCUAAGUCGAUGUACGGACAAGUUUAUGAAGCACAGUGAGCGAAUUGGUGCUCGAUUUGCGGAAUACAAUUCUCAACAGCAGCCUCCCCAGUAA